AGCCUCCUCCGAUCAGCUGUUCGCGAGGUGUUCCGUCAGGAGGCCGAGCGAAAGAGAGAGGAAGAGGGAGAGAGAGAGAGAAAGAGGGAGAGAGAGACACACACACAGACAACGUGCGGCCGUCUCUCGUGUUUAAAAAUAACCCUCCUUCUGAAAGUUUCCUUUUACACCGGAAGAACGUUCUGGGACCUUCCAUGUGAGGGGGUGUUUAUUUAUAUAUAGUUGGUGGAGGGAAGAACGUGUGGGAGAACCUUGAGUAGUUUCGUCUUGAGUUUGUGAAGAAGAAGGAGGAGGUUGGACUUCCUGUGGGAGACGAAGAAGAGAGAAAGAGAGAGAUUUUCUUUGUUUUUUUUGAGGGGAUUGUAUUGAAGGAAGGUUUUAUUUGGUGUUUUUUUUAGAAGGUCUCUUGAUUUUGAGGGAUUUUUUGCGAGUCCUGUGGAAUAAAUUGCUAAAGAUGCCAGAAGGAGAUAAGCCAAAUCCUUUAGACCUGAAGGAGCAGGGCAAUCAAGCCUACAGAGAUGGAGAUUACGACAAGGCAAUCUCGAGAUACACUGAGGCAUUGUCUCUCAGUGAUCCAAAGGACCAACCAGUAUUUUAUAAGAACAGAGCAGCAGUGUUCUUAAAGAUUGAUGACUUUGAAAAUGUCAUUAAAGACUGCACAAAAUGCCUGGAGUUAUCCCCCAAAGACCCCAAGGCCUUGUUCCGCCGCGCACAGGCCUACGAAGCAGAAGAAUUGUAUGAGAAAGCCUAUGCGGACGCCAGAGCUCUCCAGAUUGUUGACCCCAAGAACAAAGAAGUUCAGACAAUGCUUGAGAGGCUGCACAAGAUUAUCCAAGACAAAAUUGAAGAAACCACCAAGACGACGGGGAAGGUAAACCAGCUCUUCGAAAUUCUCUUCGACCCAUCGCACGAGACGGAGAAGAGGGUGACCAGCGCAAAUAACCUUGUGGCUUUGGCGAGAGAGAGAGCAGGUUGUGACUUGUUGAUAAAGCAGGGCAUUCUGGGCCGUGUGGUGCAGAUGUUGAAGUCGGAAAAGAACUCAGAGAUUAAGCUGGCUUGUACCCGAGCCUUUUCGGAAUUCUGCAAAGAUCUUGACAGGGCUAAGAUGAUACUGACAGAAGUAGGUAUCCCAUGGUUUUUAGACCUCAUGAACAGCAAGGAUGAAGACCAGGUGAACGCCACACAGUACGUGUUCCAGACGUUGCUGAACACCCUUGCCGGCAUGAACAUCAAGAAGGGAAAGAAAGCAGAUAAUGCUCUGCUGGGAGAAAACAAGAAGGAGAUUGACAGCUUGAUGGUAGUAAUGAUGACGACUAUCACCAAAAGUACGAUAUCCGGCCUGUGUCGAGAUGCCAUCAUCGAGCUCGUGCUGAAGAAUGUGGAAUACGACCGCCUUAACUGGGGCGACAAGCUGAUAAGGAUGGGAGGCAUUGAGAAGCUGUUGGAUGUAGCAUCUGAACUGAAGGAAUUUAACUAUGAAAGUAGUAUUGAGAUCACUGACAACACACAAAUGACGACAGCCAUCUGUCUGUCAAAGGUUUAUGAUACCCAGUACUGUGAUAAGGAUCGGCAAAACUUUAUAGACAUUGUUGAUGAGUACAUCAGACUGCGCCUUCUGACUCCUGAUGUCGAGUCGAAAGUACGCAUUGCUGUCAUUCUUACAACACUGCUUCUGGGCCCCCUGGACGUUGGCAACAGGUUCAUUGCACGUGAGGGCAUUUUGGAAAUGUUGCUUGUCAUGGCCAACACUGAAGAAGUCAUGCAACAAAAGGUUGCUUGCGAAGCCCUGAUUGCGGCUGCCUCGAAGAAGGACAAGUGCAGGACCAUCAUCUCCCAGGGCACAGACAUCCUGAAGAAGCUUUACAACAGCAAGAACGACUCCAUCCGAGUUCGUGCUCUGGUGGGUCUCUGCAAGCUCGGGUCCAUGGGGGGUACGGAUGCCUCGAUGAAACCAUUCGCUGAGGGGGCUUCCCUAAAGCUGGCUGAAGCUUGCAGAAGAUUUCUCGUCAACCCUUCAAGAGACAAGGACAUGCGCCGCUGGGCUUGUGAAGGUCUUUCUUACCUGACGCUGGAUGCUGAUGUUAAGGAGAAAUUUAUCACUGAUACUAAUGCUAUUCGAUCCAUGAUUGAAUUGGCCAAGACUGGAGACCUAAAUUGCUUGUAUGGCGUUGUAGCAACAUUUGUGAACCUCUGCAAUGCCUAUGAUGAACAGGAAGUGAUUCCUGAGAUGGUUGAGCUUGCCAAGUUUGCCAAGCAUCACAUUCCUGAGAAACACGACCUUGACGACCAAGAUUUUAUCGACAAGCGCGUGAGGAUUCUGGUCGAGGAGGGAGCUGCUUCCGCUCUUGUGGCACUGAGCAAGACUGACAGUGAGAAUUCCCGGGAGCUGAUCUCUAGAUUGUUCAACGCAUUCUGUAAGGAUCAGGAAAAUCGUGGCUUGGUAGUACAGCAGGGUGGUACAAAGGCCUUGCUGGAUCUGGCUGCCAAUGGUACAAAGAAAGGCAAAACCUGCGCUGCGCAAGCACUGAGUCGAAUUGCCAUUUCAAUCAACCCUGAGGUUUCUUUCCCUGGCCAGAGAGCUUAUGAGGUGGUACGCCCCUUGCUGAAACUGCUCGACAUUGAAUGCACUGGCCUUGAAAAUUUUGAGGCUCUUAUGGGACUCACAAACAUCGCUGGUAUGUCUGAGUCGGCCAGAAAGCGAAUCAUCAAAGAGAAGGGAUUGCCACUGAUUGAGCAUUACAUGUUUGAGUUCCAUGAAAUGAUUCGCAGAGCAGCUGUUCAGUGCAUGGCAAAUCUCUGCGCAUCUCCAGACGUAGUCAAGAUUCUGGAAGGCAAAAACGACAAAUUCAAGUACCUGUUCCUCUGCACCUCGGAUGAAGACGUGGAAAUCAUCAAGGCUGCCUGUGGAGCUCUUUGUAUGGUCAUGUCGGUGUCUCCAAUCUGCUUGAAGAAGGUGUUUGAUGCCAAAGACUGGGAAGAGAUUCUGGAGUUCCUCCUUUCUCACAAAGACCCAGAAAUCCAGUAUCGCGGCACCAUCAUAGUCAACCUCUUGAUAUCCCAUGACAAGUACACUGCAGAGAAAAUCAUCGAUACCCACUGCAAGACUGCGUUAGAAGCCAUUGCCAAGAUUGAAAACCCCGAAUUCGUCCUACCUAAGGCAAGAGAAUACGCCAUCGACUCACUGAAGAUGUGUUCUCACGAGUGGAAAUUAAUUAAGGAUCCUUUAGCACCCGAAGACUGAGAGAAUUAAUGCAAGACUGUUAAAGCCGUUCAUCAAAGAAACUUUGUUGAAAGUUGAUAUUUUACAUCAUUCUGCAUUCUUAUACUUUUAUACAAUUAUAGAUUGACAGGAGGGAGAAAAUGCAUUAAUUUUUUAUUAUUGUGAUCUCCUAUUUGGUUAGAACUAACAAGUAAUUGUACUUAACAAUUCUUUUUCUAUUUUUUAUUAUUUUUUCCCUUCCCUCCUCCUCCCCAAAAAUGUAUAUAGCUUUUUAUGUAUGUUGAACGAAUGCUUUGUAGAACCUCUGUAUACAAGGACCUGGGGACCAAGAACCCCCUUUGACAGGCAUUAUUCUUUGAGUAUCUUAAGUUUUGUAAUAAAUGUAAUUGUACGGACUGCUAGCAUUUUUUUGAGAUAGAUUAUCAGAAAAUACUGUCAGUCAUUUGCCAGUUCUUUUCUUUUGCAGUAAUUAUUAGUUAUAUUACUUCUAUUUACAGAUGAUGAUAUUUUUAGCAUUCUUGGCACUUUUCAAUGAGGAUUGUCUUCACUGCAUAUAUCAAUUUAUUUGCAGUUUUUUUUGUCGUUUUCCCAAAAGAGCUUUAAAAGUUUACUGUUAAUAGAUAGGCUUUUCCAUUUAUCUAAUUGUAAAAAUUUAUCAAAGGGUUGAGAAUAUGCAAGGUUCUGCCGUAAAUUAGAUUUCUCAGAGAUUGUUGCAGUAGUAGUGAAUGAUGAAGAAACGUAUGCUGUGUUGAGUGUAGGCUUAAAAUCUGGCAUUUUCAUACCUAUUUAUAUCAGUGUAGUGUAAGAGCAUAUUUGAUUGGUUGAUUUUGUAAUAUCAGAUGUUAUCUGCAUUAUGAAUCUUUGGUGCUUCCUGUAUGACUGUAUUUAGCUUGUGCCUUAUAUAUUAAACAUGUUGAAAUUGUGUAAAUUGUUGGUAUAUUUAAUAAAAAUGUGGAUUGUU